CGGCAGAGUAACAGAAAACGUAAUGCUUUGGUCGAAGGAGGCGGGAGUCAAACUACCGGAUGUGCUAGCUAUUAAUUAUUCUUGCAAAGUUCCAUCCUCAAAAGAAGACAACUAGUAGUGGCUUCUCGCCCCUUGAACAUCUUCAGAACUUAUUUUCUCGGAGCCAUUCAUCUUCCAGAAGGAUGAUAGUGAUUGUCGUGGAUGAGAUGGAUUACUUGAUAACUAAAGAUAGAGCAGUACUUCAUGAUCUUUUCAUGCUUACGACUUUCCCAUUUUCCCAAUGUAUAUUAAUAGGAAUUGCAAAUGCUAUAGACCUAGCAGAUCGAUUUCUUCCAAAGCUUGAAUCAUUAAACUGUAAACCCCUGGUUAUAAAUUUCCGUGCUUACUCAAAAGAUCAGAUACUCAAAAUUAUUCAGCAGAGGCUUAUGGUACUUGGAUAUGAUGUUUUCCAGCCUUUAGCUCUUGAAUUUUGUGCUAGAAAAGUUGCAGCUGCCUCGGGAGAUAUGAGAAGAGCUCUUGGUGUUUGCAGGAGUGCAAUAGAGGUGCUUGAAGAAGAGCUAAGAGAUCCUUUAAAACAAGGACAAUGUAAUAUUGUCACAUUUGAUCAUAUGGAUAUUGCUUUAUCAAAGGCAUUCAAGUCAGCUGUUGUAGAUACCAUACACUCUCUUCCACAACACCAACAGAUAAUAUUAUGUGCCAUAGUGAAUCUUUUUCGCCAGUUCAAGAAGAACGCUACAACUAUUGGGGAGCUCAACAGAUCAUAUUUACAAAUAUGCAAAUCUGCUCACGUCCCUGCUGCAGGAACACUGGAAUUCACGAACAUGUGCACAGUGCUGAACGAUCAGGGACUUCUCAAACUGGGGAAGUCUAAAGAAGAAAAAUUAAAGAGAGUAACAUUACAAAUUGACAGUUCAGACAUCACUUUUUCUUUCAAGGAUAACCAAUUCUUUCAAAAUUGCCUGGAUCAGCAAUGAACUUCAGGAAAUUUAUACCGCAUUCUUUCGUAUCCUAGAUACCACCAUCUGCUGUCAGGCUUCUCGCGAUAAUACUUUAUAAGGUUACCUGAAUAAAGGU